UUUUUUAGGAUGGGUUGGAUGCUUUGGUAUAUGAUUUGGAUUUUCCUGCACUAAGAAAAAACAAAAAUAUUGACAACUUUUUAAGCAAAUAUAAAGACACAAUAAAUAAAAUUAGAGAUUUGCGCAUGAAAGCUGAAGAUUAUGAAGUAGUGAAAGUGAUUGGUAGAGGUGCAUUUGGAGAAGUGCAAUUGGUAAGGCAUAAAUCCACCAGGAAGGUGUAUGCUAUGAAGCUGCUGAGCAAAUUUGAAAUGAUUAAGAGAUCAGAUUCUGCUUUCUUCUGGGAAGAACGGGACAUUAUGGCUUUUGCUAACAGCCCCUGGGUGGUUCAGCUUUAUUAUGCAUUCCAAGAUGAUCGGUAUCUCUACAUGGUAAUGGAAUAUAUGCCUGGUGGGGAUCUUGUUAAUUUAAUGAGCAACUAUGAUGUGCCUGAAAAGUGGGCCCGCUUCUAUACUGCAGAAGUAGUUCUUGCUUUGGAUGCAAUCCAUUCAAUGGGCUUUAUUCAUAGAGAUGUGAAGCCUGACAACAUGCUGCUGGAUAAAUCUGGUCACUUGAAGCUAGCUGAUUUUGGUACUUGUAUGAAGAUGAAUAAGGAAGGUAUGGUACGAUGUGAUACAGCAGUUGGAACACCUGACUAUAUUUCUCCUGAAGUAUUAAAAUCCCAAGGUGGUGAUGGCUAUUAUGGGCGAGAAUGUGACUGGUGGUCAGUUGGGGUAUUUUUAUAUGAAAUGCUUGUAGGUGAUACACCAUUUUAUGCAGAUUCACUGGUUGGGACAUAUAGCAAAAUUAUGAACCAUAAGAAUUCUCUUACCUUCCCCGAUGAUAAUGAUAUCUCAAAAGAAGCAAAAAAUCUUAUUUGUGCCUUCCUUACAGACAGGGAAGUGAGAUUAGGACGAAAUGGUGUGGAAGAAAUCAAACGACAUCUCUUCUUCAAAAAUGAUCAGUGGGCGUGGGAAACUCUUCGAGAUACUGUUGCACCUGUUGUACCUGAUCUCAGUAGUGACAUUGAUACUAGUAAUUUUGAUGACUUAGAAGAAGACAAGGGAGAUGAAGAAACAUUCCCUAUUCCAAAAGCUUUUGUUGGCAAUCAACUACCUUUUGUAGGAUUUACAUAUUAUAGCAAUCGUAGAUAUUUAUCUGUAUCUUCAGCAAAUUCUAAUGAUAACAGGACCACCUCUAAUGUGGAUAAAAGCUUGCAGGAGAGUUUGCAAAACACAAUCUAUAAGCUGGAAGAACAACUGCAUAAUGAAAUACAGUUAAAAGAUGAAAUGGAGCAGAAGUGCAGAACUUCAAACAUAAAACUAGACAAGAUAAUGAAAGAACUGGAUGAAGAGGGAAAUCAGAGAAAAAAUUUAGAAUCCACAGUGUCUCAGAUUGAGAAAGAGAAAAUGUUGCUGCAGCACAGAGUUAAUGAGUACCAAAGAAAAAUAGAACAGGAGAAUGAGAAGAGACGGAAUGUUGAAAAUGAGGUUUCUACAUUAAAAGAUCAGUUGGAGGACCUGAAGAAAAUUAGUCAGAAUUCUCAGCUUACAAAUGAGAAAAUGGCACAGUUACAGAAGCAACUGAAAGAAGCCAACGACUUACUGAGGACAGAAUCGGACACAGCAGCAAGGUUAAGAAAGAGCCACACAGAAUUAAGCAAAUCAGUAAGUCAGUUAGAGUCCCUGAACAGAGACCUGCAAGAGCGAAACAGAAUUUUAGAGACAACCAAAUCACAAGUGGACAAAGAUUAUUACCAGCUUCAGGCUGCAUUAGAAGCUGAACGGAGAGACCGAAGUCAUGGAUCUGAGAUGAUUGGAGAUCUCCAAGCUCGAAUUACGUCUUUACAAGAGGAAGUUAAACACCUUAAACAUAAUCUUGAAAGAAUGGAAGGGGAAAGAAAAGAGGCUCAAGACAUGCUUAAUCAUUCAGAAAAGGAAAAGAAUAAUUUGGAAAUAGAUUUAAACUACAAGCUAAAAUCGUUACAGCAAAGAUUAGAACAGGAAGUAAAUGAGCAUAAAGUGACUAAAGCCCGUUUAACUGACAAGCAUCAAUCUAUUGAAGAGGCAAAAUCAGUUGCAAUGUGUGAAAUGGAAAAGAAACUGAAGGAAGAGAGAGCAGCACGAGAGAGAGCCGAAAAUAGAGUUGUUCACAUUGAAAAGCAGUGUUCCAUGUUAGAUGUCGACUUGAAACAGUCUCAGCAGAAACUGGAGCAUUUGGCAGAACACAAAGAAAGAAUGGAGGAUGAAGUUAAGAAUCUAACACUGCAGCUGGAGCAAGAAUCAAAUAAGAGGUUACUGAUACAGAAUGAAUUGAAAACUCAAGCUUUUGAGAAGGACAAUUUGAAAGGGUUAGAAAAGCAAAUGAAACAAGAGAUCAAUACAUUAUUAGAAGCUAAGAGAUUAUUGGAAUUUGAACUAGCUCAGCUCACAAGACAAUAUUGUGGAAACGAAGGACAGAUGCGGGAACUACAGGAUCAACUUGAAGCUGAACAAUAUUUUUCAACACUUUAUAAAACUCAGGUAAAGGAACUUAAAGAGGACAUUGAAGAAAAAAAUCGAGAAAAUCUAAAGAAAAUACAGGAACUGCAAAAUGAAAAAGAAACGUUUGCUGCACAGUUAGACCUGGCAGAAACAAAAGCUGAAUCAGAGCAAUUGGCUCGACGUCUCCUAGAAGAACAAUAUUUUGAAUUGACCCAAGAGUGUAAGAAAGCAGCUUCACGAAAUAAACAAGAAAUUACAGAUAAAGAUCACACUGUCAGUCGGCUGGAAGAAAUAAACAGUACAUUAACCAAAGAUAUUGAACUAUUAAGAAAGGAAAAUGAAGAGUUUACUGAAAAAAUGAAGGAACAAGAAGAUUAUAAAUUGAAGAAAGAAGAGGAGAUCACUAAUCUUAAAGCUUCUUUUGAAAAGAACAUUAAUACUGAAAGAACCCUAAAAAUACAGGCUGUUAACAAGUUGGCAGAAAUAAUGAAUCGCAAAGAUUUUAAAAUUGAUAGAAAGAAGGCUAAUACACAAGAUUUGAGAAAGAAGGAAAAGGAAAACAGAAAAUUACAAUUGGAACUCAACCAAGAGAGAGAGAAAUUCAAUCAGAUGGUAGUGAAACACCAGAAGGAACUCAAUGAAAUGCAAGCGCAAUUGGUUGAAGAGUGCACACACAGGAAUGAACUUCAGAUGCAGCUGGCUAGCAAAGAGAGUGACAUAGAGCAGUUGCGUGCAAAACUUUUGGACCUUUCAGAUUCUACUAGUGUUACUAGUUUUCCUAGUGCCGAUGAAACUGAUGGAAACCUUCCAGAAUCAAGAAUUGAAGGUUGGCUCUCAGUCCCAAACAGAGGAAAUAUAAAACGAUAUGGCUGGAAGAAACAGUAUGUUGUAGUAAGCAGCAAAAAAAUUUUGUUCUACAAUGAUGAACAGGAUAAGGAACAGUCAAAUCCAUCUAUGGUACUAGACAUAGACAAACUAUUCCAUGUUCGACCUGUAACCCAAGGUGAUGUGUAUAGAGCAGAAACUGAAGAAAUCCCUAAAAUAUUCCAGAUACUAUAUGCAAAUGAAGGUGAAUGUAGGAAAGAUUUGGAGAUGGAGCCAGUACAACAAGCUGAGAAGACUAAUUUUCAGAAUCACAAAGGCCAUGAGUUUAUUCCUACACUCUAUCACUUUCCAGCCAACUGUGAGGCUUGUGCCAAACCUCUCUGGCAUGUUUUUAAGCCACCCCCUGCCCUUGAAUGUCGAAGAUGCCAUGUCAAGUGCCACAGAGAUCACUUAGACAAAAAAGAAGAUUUAAUUUCUCCAUGCAAAGUGAGUUAUGAUGUAACAUCAGCAAGAGAUAUGUUGCUGUUAGCAUGUUCUCAGGAUGAACAGAAGAAAUGGGUAACCCAUUUAGUAAAGAAGAUUCCUAAGAAUCCACCAUCCAGUUUUGUUCGUGCAUCUCCUAGAACACUUUCUACCAGAUCUAGUGCAAAUCAGUCUUUCCGGAAAGUUGUCAAAAAUACCUCUGGGAAAACUAGCUAACCACGUCAUAUUGAUUUAUGGAAUCUUGUGGGAUAUCAUCUGAGAGACCGGGCUUCUUUAACCAGGCAGAGCAGACAGACUGUUCCUUCUGACACAAAUAUCACAGGCUUCAGGAUUAAGAUUGCUGUUAUUCUAUCCUCCUUGCUUUGGCACAAAAGCACACUGAGGGUUUUUAUUGCGGGUUUGCCUACAGGUAGAUUAGAUUAAUUAUUACUGUGUAAUGCAAGUAAAAGCAAAUAAAAAGCUUAGCUAGGUAUAUUUUUUUAAAAGGUGCUGCCUUUUUACAUUUUUAAGAAAAUGCCUGUCAAUCAUGAUGGAACAGAAUUUUCCUCUUGUGAAUGAGAGGAAGGGAGAAUUUCACUAUUAAGAUCAGCUCAUGGAAGAAGUAAAGAAAAUAUCUCAAAAUGAGACGAACUGAAAUUUCUGUAAAGACUCAAAUUUUUGUGCUUUCGCAGGACUGCAGAACUAUCUUAAAAGAAGUAAUAUCAUCACUUGAACUUCAGUGCCCUCACUGUAAAGUGUAACAGCCUUAAUUUUAAUGGCCCAUUCUGGACCUUAAUGGAGAAUUAAAUAUUUUACAUUAUGCUUUUACAAAAUACCGUAUAUGUCUCAGCAGAUUUCUUGAUUGAGGGGUAGGAGAAGACAAAAAAAAAUUACAUUUAAUCUAUGCAUUUUUGCCAAGCCAUACUGAAUUAUUUUAAUACUAGAGGCAUUAGGAACUAACUGUACAAAAGAACCAAGUUUGAAAGCAUAUUUUGGGGUACAUCAUUUCUGUAAUUUUAUAAUGUUUUUCCUUAUGGUUUUAAGUGAUAAAGACAUUAAGUUAACAAACAUAUAAGAAAUGUAUGCACUGUUUGAAAUGUAAAUUAUUUUUAGAACACUUUUAAUGGGUGGUGCAUUGCCCUUCUAGUGCCUUAAUUUGAGAUAAUUAUUUUACUGCCAUGUCUAAAUGUAGAAAUUUCAAAAAACAAAAAAGAAAACCAUAUUUCCUGACAGUUGUGUGUCAGUGGGCUUUUUAUUGAUAAUUGGUUUAAUUUAAAGUAUUUUUAGAGGUUGGUUUGAAUUUCAUAAAUUGAGUACAAUCUUUGCAUGAAAUUACCUGCUACAUUGAAUGAGUUCAUAAAAGUAUCUGCAAAAAGUGUAGAAAGGUGCAUUCAUAAAAGCAAAAGCAAACUUAUGUAUGGCAUACAUCUGUGGUGUUUUCCAGGUCAUAUAGGAAUUACCAGAUAAAUACUGUUAAACUCUUGUUCUGUAACAAGAGUUGAUUCAUGGUAUGGGCAGUAUGAUUUUUUUAAAUUUUUUUUAACCAAAUACCUCCUCAGUAAUUUAUAAUGGCUUUGCAGUUAUGUGUAUCAAAUAAAAAGCACUGGAAAACUGAUUCGUCUCUAGGACGAUAUGCAUGUUUCAAGUGGUAUUGAAAGCCGCACUGAUGGAUAUGUAAUAAUAAACAUAUCUGUUAUUAAUAUGCUAAUGACUCUGUGCUCAUUUAAUGAGAAAUAAAAGUAAUUUAUGAAAGGA